AUGAAGGGGGCAGAAGGGGCAGCCCAGUGGGAGAAACUGGCGCCCCCCUGGCUGCACUCGUCUCUUGUGUUCCUGGACAACCUUCCGUGGUCUCUGGCUUGGUGGAGAAGGGGCUUUUGUGGGGCAGGGCAAGGAGGGGGACCCUGUGACCCAGAGGCAGCCAAAGGCCCUCUGUUCUCGGAAGCUGGUGGGGAGCAGCCGCUGAAGACCCUGCUGGUCAUUUCGUCACUUGUGGGGCCACAUAGACAGACGGCGGCUGUGUCUCUCCCCCACCCCGGGGGCCCUUCAGAUCUUGUCCACCCAGAGUUCCUUUGGGGUGAGGCUGUCACCGCUGGCCCAGGUGGGGAGGGGGUGUCUUUCAAGCUGCUCAGGAAGCCCCGGGCCCCGUGGGGAGGAGGCCUGCCCUGGGCUCCCUGGCAGGGCUUCAGAGGGAGAGGCUGCACGCAGAACUACAGUUCCCAGCGUGCAGUGCGGGAGUAUAAAUCUUCAAAGGCUAACAAAAGAGCAGCCGGUGAACCUGACAAGCGGGCAGGAAGAGCCGCGGCUGGCCGCGACCGGGGCGCCGGCCUCCCUCCCUCCUCGGGCCUCCUGCGCAGGGGGGGCUGCGGCAAAGCCCCCUCCGGGGGCCCGGCGGCGACGGCACGACCCUUCUUUGCAGCCGGGGGCGAGAUGGCCGGAGGGAGGCUCGCCCAAGUGCCCGUGGUCUUUGAGGACGUGGCGGUCUACUUCACGCCAGAGGAGUGGGCGGAGCUAUCGGAAUGGCAGAGGGAGCUGUACCAAGACGUCAUGGUGGAGAAUUACGAGCUCGUCUCCUCACUGGAAUGCCUGCUCUCCAUUCCUGCUCUUCUGUCCCGGCUGGCCCAACGGGAGGCCCAGUAUGCUGCAGGAAACAGCAGCUCCCCAGUCAAUGGAGCACCGAGUCCUAAACGGGAAAUGCGAGGGUCCCCUGCGCUUCCUGACAUGCCGCGCUGCCUGUUGCGGGGGACCCUUUCUCGCCAUUCCAGGACUGCAGGGAAGAGGCGCAAGAGGACCAGGUCCCAGGGCAGGCGGAGGCCAACCGAGGCAGGCCGGACAUCCGGGGACACUGAAAAAACGCAACGAGGUCGGAAGAGAGAGAAGCCCUAUAAGUGCCCCCGGUGCCAGCGGAGCUUCCGGAGUCGCCUGGCCUUGACUGCCCACCGGCGUCUUCACAUGCAAAAGUGGCCCCGGCUGUCCCUGCAGAGCGGAGCACACUCCUCCACCACGCCAGAUGUCGCUGUGCCUCAGGAGGGCCCCCUUGGCAGCAGCUCCGGCCACGUCCCUGGGCCCGGCCCCCAAGAGGAGGGCACCCUGCCCUUCUGGCCUGAGAUGGCUCUGCACCAACAGGCCCCUGCGGCCCACAGCUUCAACCCCUGGGCUCUCGGCUACGGACCACAGCCCUUGCCGGGACCCCAGGCUCCAGGGCUGCACGGCAGCGGAGAGUUCAUCUGUGACCAGUGUGGCUGGAGCUUCCACGGGUGGGAGGAGCUGGUCACACACCAGUUGGUCCACAUGGCAGCGGAAGGGAUCGCGGGGUCAGUGCCCAAAGCGGGAGCCUUGGCCCAGCUGGCCAGCGACCGGCCUUACGCCUGCACCCAAUGCGGGAAGAGCUUCCGGCACAAGCCCAACCUCCUGGCCCAUCGGCAAGUCCACACGGGCGAGCGGCGCUACCAGUGCCCGGAGUGCGGCAAGUCCUUCGGCAGCAAGGCCUACUUGGCUUCCCAUCAGCACAUCCACACCGGGGAGAAGCCGUAUGUCUGCGGCCAGUGCGGCAAGAGCUUCCGCCACAAGCCCAACCUCCUUUCCCACCAGAAGAUCCACACCCGAGACCCUUUCCCACAGAGCCACCCACUGGACAGCUUGAACGGGGAGCACUUCCCGGCCCCGCGCCCGGUGGCGGACUCCCUCGGGACAGAGGCGUUCCAAGCCCACCGGCCCCCGCUGGGCACCCAGGUCCCCUGCUUCCCAAACGACACCCUGGUGCCUCAGCCGCCGAGUUCUCUGCCUGCGAAUUCUCAGCCCCUGCUUGCGAUCGACCGUCCCUUCGUCUGUCCGGUCUGCGCCAAGCAGUUCCGCUGCAAGCCCUACUUGGUGGCUCACAUUCGAAUCCACACGGGGGAGAAGCCAUACGCCUGCAGCCGCUGCCCCAAGCGCUUCUCCCAGAAGUCCAACCUGGUGUCCCAUGAGCGCCUCCACACGGGGGAGAAGCCGUACGCCUGCCCGCUCUGCCCCCGGGUCUUCAGCCAAGGCUCCAACAUGCGCGCUCAUCAGCGCAGUCACCGGAAUGUCAGCACCACCACCCAUGAGGCGGAUGGCCGCCUUCUCCAGGGCUAUUCGGCCCGCCAGGUGCAGCCGCCUGACUAGGCCCCCUGCUGAAAGGCCCCCUGCGAGCCCCCCGGUCCACGAAGCACAGCCUCCUUGCCUCCCACGGCCCCAACGCCUCCUGGCCACCUUGUUUUCCCGGAAGGCUGGGAGUGCGCAGCUAGAGAUGCACAAAACUCCCUCUGAGACAUUCUGCAGCAUCCUACUCAAAUUCUUGUUCCAGCUCGAGCAAGGUCCCCCUCUCCCUUUUACAGGUGAAGGACACCCAGGUAGGGCUAAGCCUUUUUUGUGAUGUGCGGGGAGCAACUCUGGCACUCGUAAGGGCAGAAAUGCACUCUGCAGAAGUUCAGAUAACUGGUUCUCCAUGAUGAUUACAUCGCGUUUUCUUGCCAUUGAGGCCUGGUGAAUCAUUGCUGAGGCUUACUCUGGCCAGAGGGUGGAAGGCUCUUUGGGAGCGAGGGGCAGAGGCCAGUGUCCCCGUUAGGGAGAGCAGAGCACCCCCAAGCCAGCGGGGAAAGAGCGGAGAAGCAAUUGGGACUUUGGCGCUGAAGACGGGAGCCCUCGCCGCUGUCCUCUGGGCAGCCUCAAUCCCAAGGCAGCGGCCGGACGCAGGGGCAGGCUCUGGCCAAGGGCUCCGUUUAGCACUGCUCACGGUAGAUUGUUAAACUAGCCAACAAGCCAUCACUCCUUCACCUUUUUCCUAAAUGGAACAAUUCCCUGCACAAGCAGGCUUUUGCAAAUGGAAGCAGUCAUGCCUGUAGCCCUUGUCGCCGGGCAGACAAUGUUGGGGACCUGCCAGCCGGACAAGCACAAGGAGUCUUGCAUGGCAGCCAGCCACACCUUCAUUCCUUCUGACCCCGACUUCACCUCCCCGCCCCCCACAUCUGACAUACUUGCACUGCUGCACCAAUGCAUGCCUACGCCUGGCUGGCAUCAUCGUCUCUAGCAAGCUCAGAGCUGGGAUGUGGGAAACUCCCAGCACAAAGAAAUGGCACCACCCGAGACCCCUGUGGCUUCCAGGGGCGCUGGUUUGGGCAGAAGGAAGCGCCUGCUUUUUACCCCCACCUAAGCUAGUCUGGUUCCUGUUGUAUCCACUUUAAAGAAAUAAAGUUGGUAGAUGGCAGUUUGGAA